ACUAGAAAAAAAAAAAGGAUAUACUGAGCUGUCGCAGUAAUCGGAGGAGUCAUUGAUAUUGCUGGUAGUAUUGUUUGUUUCAGCAGCUGAUACUCUUUCUCUUUGGUUCAUCAUCUUCGUUUCUCUCUGCUACAAUUCUGCCCACCAUCUUCUCUUUUGAACUCGCUUUGGUUUCAAGAAUGGAAUGAAGUAUUCACAUGGACGGAAUAAGCUAAUCCCCAGUAAUCCCGUUUCUGCAAAAUCGGGGUUUUUCUAUUCUUGAUUCCUUCCUUCCUUCCCUUUUUUUAAUUCCUUUGGAUGCAGAAAUGAAAUUUGACAGUCUAACCCUUGUGGAUAACUCCUAAACGAUCUUCAUAAUUUGCUGCUGUGGAGUUCGUCUGCAAAAUACGGACAGGAGACAAACUAUGACUCAACCAUCUGUUGUUUUAGCAACUGCAAGCUAUGAUCACACCAUUAGGUUCUGGGAGGCCAAAAGUGGGCGGUGCUAUCGAACUAUUCAGUACCCAGAAUCUCAAGUUAAUCGGCUUGAGAUAACUCCAGAUAAGAGGUUCCUAGCUGCUGCAGGGAAUCCCCACAUUCGACUAUUUGAUGUUAACUCUACCAGUCCUCAGCCGGUGAUGAGCUAUGAUUCACACACGAAUAAUGUGAUGGCUGUGGGUUUCCAAUGCGAUGGAAAAUGGAUGUACUCAGGUUCUGAAGAUGGAACUGUAAAGAUUUGGGAUUUGAGGGCACCAGGGUGUCAGCGAGAAUACGAAAGCCGUGCUGCUGUUAACACUGUUGUUUUACAUCCAAAUCAGACCGAGUUGAUAUCUGGUGACCAAAAUGGCAAUAUUCGUGUAUGGGACUUGACUGCAAACUCGUGCAGCUGUGAGCUGGUGCCAGAGGUUGAUACAGCAGUGAGAUCGUUGACGGUGAUGUGGGAUGGAAGCUUGGUAGUCGCUGCAAACAACCGAGGAACAUGCUACGUUUGGAGGUUGUUGCGUGGAACCCAGACAAUGACCAACUUUGAGCCACUUCACAAGCUACAGGCUCAUGAUGGUUAUAUCCUUAAAUGUCUUCUUUCACCGGAGUUUUGUGAGCCUCAGCGGUAUCUGGCAACCGCAUCUUCUGAUAGUACAGUCAAGAUAUGGAAUGUAGACGGUUUCACCUUGGAGAAAACUCUCGUUGGACAUCAACGUUGGGUGUGGGAUUGUGUAUUCUCUGUUGAUGGUGCUUAUCUCAUUACAGCUUCUUCUGAUACAACAGCUAGGCUUUGGUCGAUGUCUACUGGUGAGGAUAUUAGAGUUUAUCAGGGGCAUCAUAAAGCCACCGUGUGCUGUGCUCUCCAUGAUGGUGCUGAAACCACCGCCGCCUGAUGUCGAUGGGCAGAGCUGGUUGGUUUUGUCCUCUAAUUUCAUGGUCGGCUAUCCGUUACCGUUGGGUAACCCUGCAGGUCACCACCAGAAACCAGUUUGUGUUUCAAGUACUUGUUUGAAAAUACAGAUUGUGAUGCCUUGAUGUCCAUGGUUGUAUUUCUUUUGCAGUGUAAGAUUGACUGCACAUUUUUCUACUCAGCAAUGACCACUCAAACUUUCUUA